UAUCUAAAAUAAUUUCCAAGCUUGAAAGUUUACCCCUAAAUGACCAACUCUCCAUCAAAAGGACUCUAAAAUCCAUCCCAAACCCCAUUCAAUCAGGAUACCCACUACAAAGUUCCUGGCGAUUAUUUUUUUCAGACUCUUCAUUAACUAUACCAUCAAGUAGUAGUAGUAAUAGUAAUAGUAUGAAAUCAAAUCAAUUAAAAGCUUCGGAAUAUCAAUCUGGUAUGUCAGUUGUGUUUGAUAGAAUCGAAUCGGUUGAAAACUUGUGUGAAAGUUUAAUGGGUUUUAAAAAGUUUAUGGGAAUUAGAUUGAAAGGAAUUGGAUUGAUGGGAUUGGAAAAACCGGGUUGUGGGAUUGGAUUGGUUGGGUUUAGGGCUCAACAGAAUUUACAUUUCUUUAGGGUUGGGGUUGGUCCGGUUUGGGAAGAUCCUUGGAAUUCUAAAGGAGGUAGAUUAACGAUCUCAUUAAACAUAUCAAUCCUAGACCGAAUUUUCGAAACCUUAAUUUUAUUAACAGCAGGAGGAGUAAUAGAAGAUGAAACCGAUUACAAAGGCAAGAUUACAGGAAUAGUAGGAUCUAGAAGAAGUAGAGGAGAUCGAAUUGAGAUUUGGUUAUCGGGAAAUCGAUUGGGUGAAAGUCCUAAUGAAGAUUGGAUUAAGGAUGUGAUUGGUUGUUUGGGUAGAGAGAUUGGGAAUGAGGUGGGUGGGAUUAAGUAUAAGAAACAUUUAUAGGGGAAUUUGAAGAAAAUUGAAGAAAAUUGAAGGAAUUGAAGGAAUUGAAGACAGUUGAAGAAGAUUGAGAAAUUGAAGAAAAGGGAAAGAAAAUGGGAAAGCAAAGGGAAAGAAUAGAAAAGAAAAUUAAAGUAAAGCAGAGAAAAGAAUAAAAUAGAAAAGCAAAGCAAAAAGAAAGAUUGAAUGUAAAAGUUUUGGAUACUUGUUUUGAAUAUUAUAUUUUGAGUUUUUUUUUUAGGUUUUUUUUAGGUUUCUUUCUUUAUGUUUUGUAUACAUUUUUUUGAUUAUAGGGAUUGUUUUUUUUUUUGUUUUACUUAUAGCACAGUUUUUUUUUCUUUGAACUUGAACUUGAAAUCAGAAUUGAAAUUGAACUUGAACUUGAAUUG